GGGAUCAUAUUUCUGUAAAAAUUUGUAAUUUGUAAAUCGAUUUUAGUGUGAACAGUUGGUUCAAUAGUUAGUGACAAAAAGUGUUUUGUUAUGAAGUUAGUAGGAGCUGUACUAAGUUUGUUUAUUUUGGCAGUUUUAUUCAAGCCAACCCUAUCGGACCUCAAAGCAUGGGUUUAUUCAAACGAUAUUUUAAAUCAUAACAACUGGAUUAACAAAGCAGAUUGCCUGGGUCUGGAAUUCCCCGAAGAAGGGACCUGGAGCUACGAAACAAAAAUGGAAAUUCGACUGAAAAGUAUCACGUUACCUAUAAAUGGAGAAAUAUCUUUGGAUACCGACAUUUCUAUAGACUUUGAUGAAGCAAGCAAAGAAGAAAUUAAUUGUGUCACACUAAAGUCCAUUAACCAUGCAUCUUGGUUGAAUAUGAAUGGUUGGAACAGCACUGAUGAACCAGACAAUCCGGCUGUUCCAUAUGUCUAUAGAAUACCCACUAGAUUCGAUGAGGUAGUCAUUCCAGAUGGAUCUUUAACUAAUAUUGACUUGGAUGGAGCAAUAUUUAAAAGUCUCAUGUAUGGCUCCAAAAAAAUCUCAACAGAAAAUGCUUAUUCAUUAAAUGCUAAUAUUGGAGAUUAUAAAAUCACAAAUGUAGAAUGUACAGAUCCCACUGGUUGUGGUCAAAGAUUAAGCACCACACAAGUAUGGAAAUUAUGCGAAUCCGUUAGUGACGUAACUGAUCCAUUAAACUGCGAUAUGCCACUGAAACUAUUGGAAUUUUGUUUUAUACCUAAAUGCGGUGGUAUCAUAAGGGUUCAAAAAUACCAACCAGGAUUCUCUUUGGAAAGAAUUAGACAGAAACUUAAAGAAUACCAAAGCUACAGCUACGCUUACAAGUCCUUGAGUUAUAGGUUCUUAGAGGAAUCAAGCGAAAUUCACAUAUUUUUUACAGAGAAACAAUUUACAGGAAAUAGCUUGUUGGAUGCAACGGAGUUUUACCACUUAAUCAAGUCAGAUGCCUCUUAUUAUUGUUCCGAGAUAACCCUUGAACUAUCAGGACCACCGCGGCAAGAGAACGCAAUUCUCAUCAAAAAUAUGUUUUCUACCAUUUUCGGAAGCCUAUUGUUAGUCUGUUUGAUAUUUGGAUUGCUGUUCUUUAUGUAUUCGCCAGUAGCUGAAAGAGUAAAUAUUAGAAACCGGAUUUUAGGUAGUAGGCCACUAUCUACCUUCAGAAUGCGAUAUAAUAACAUAGAUGAAAUAGCAUCUGUGGUAGACGAACAAUCGAUGGCAGGUUCAACUGUAAAUCUGAGAACUGCCUUUGAAAAUCCUAUGUACGAUCAUCUGUCCAGCUCUAGGAGUACUAGUCAAGAAACUAUUACAUCUGUAAUAGAUACACGUCAAGAGGACUUAGAAAUUGAAACUAAUAAAGAAGCGGAUGCAGAACUACAAAAGUCAGAUGUUACAACUGGAAAACCUUUGGUUGAAGAUAUACCUGAUGAUAAGGAAGAUCUUUUGUUAAAUGAAUUGUAGAUUAUAAUAUAUGCAAUAAUUUA